AAUUGAAAAACCAGAGAACAACAGUAGUUGUUAAGCAAAUUGACAUCAUGGCUGAAGAUCCAGUAGCAAAUCAAGCCAUUCGAACAUUGAAGGAAUAUGCUUCACCUUCAAUUGAAGAAACUGUUUCAAGCUUAAGGAGACCAGCUAUCCAAGCAAAUAAUUUUGAAAUUAAGCCAGCAACAAUUCAGAUGAUUCAACAAUCUGUGCAAUUUUGUGGGUUGCCAAGUGAUGAUCCUAAUGCUCAUAUUGCUAACUUUUUAGAGAUUUGUGACACUUUUAAAUAUAAUGGAGUUCUUGAUGAUGCUGUUAGACUAAGGCUUUUUCCAUUCUCUCUGCGAAACAAGGCAAAGAAUUGGUUAAAUUCUUUACCUGUUGGGUCAAUCACCACAUGGGAUAUGAUGGCUCAAAAAUUUUUAAGUAAGUUUUUCCCUCCUGCUAAAACUAUUAAGAUGCGUAACGAUAUUGCCACUUUUGUGCAGCUGGAUAUGGAGUCAUUAUAUGAGGCAUGGGAGAGAUACAAAGAGCUACUCAGGAAGUGUCCACAUCAUGCUGUCAGAGGAUCAUUAAUGAGUAAAAAUGCUGAUGAGGGUUAUAACCUCAUAGAGGAAAUGGCUUCAAAUAGUUAUCAAUGGGGUUCGGAAAGAUCACACAUUAGGAAAAAUGCUGGAAUUCAUGGGGUUGAUCCCUUUACUGCUUUGACAACACAAAUUGAAGCUUUAAACCAAAAGUUUAAGCCUUUAUUGCCUUUAUUGCAUUCAAAAGUGGGAUUCGAGGCAAUGACAGCAUAUUGAGACACAGUUUAAGCCGUUCAAUAAGGAAACUAGUUUCGGUACUAUUAUUCAAAUUGAAAUGGAUCUAGAUAACUAUUUCAGACCGGUUUCGCUCCCUAUCAAGCAUAAACUUCUAGAACUUUCACCUCGUUUUUUACUUUUCCAUUUUGCAUUUAAGGACAUGACUCAUUUCCUAUAACACGCUUCUGUUUAUUAAAGAUCCUAGUCUAUA